UUCUUCAUUUCAUACUGUAAUCAGUGUCAGUCUCGGUUAUAGUUUGGUUGUUUUAUUCUUUUUUUGUGUCUUUGGCAAUUUGUUAUAAACGCUAUAAAACAUCUAUAAGAUUCUUUCUGAUAUUGUUUCGAUAAAUAUUCAUUUAUUUUUAUACCUUAAUAAUGGGAGAAAAUAAUGACAAAACUGAGUGUAGCAAACCAAUCGCGGAGGAGGAACCAGCCACAAACGAGCCUGUGGGCGCUGCAAGCACCUCCGCAGAAGAACAGACCGGAGACGAAGGAAGUAUUGAUAUAGAUGCUGAUGCACAGUUAUUAAUGGCACAAGGAAAGCGAAAUCUUGUUAUAGGAGAGGUCGUUCAAGCUGUCCAGGCUUUUCAAGAAGCAAGUGCUUUACUGGCUGCAAAGUAUGGUGAAAGUGCGAAAGAAUGUGGUGAAGCGUAUUUUAAGUAUGGCUGUGCUCUUUUGGAGCUGGCGCGCAUGGAGACCGGUGUACUUGGAAAUGCUUUAGACGGGGUUCCCGAUGAGGCAUCUGAUUCAGAGGAUGAAGGCACAACUGAAAAGGUUGCUGGGUCGAAUGUGAUAGAAAGUGCCAAAUCAAUUAAAGGGUCUGAAAGAGAAAAAAUAUUUAAAGAUGUAUACAGUGCCUUAGAUGCAAACAGCAAGGAGAGAAAGAAAGAAAAGGCCAAGAAAGAAAAUGAUUGUGAAGAGAGUGAAGAUGUUGAGAUGGAAAGCACAGAGAAUGGUAAGGAGGGUGAUGUUAAGGUUAACAAGGAACAGAAAGAGGGGAGUAAGGUUGUGGCAACAAAGAAGCAGGAAAAAGAAAUGGUAGAGAAAAUGGAAAUGGACAAGGAUUCAAUCAAAGAAGAUAUGGAGACUGAAGACUCUAUUUCAAAAGACACAAAGGCAAAAAAGGAGGGAAAGAAAAAAGAUGAUGAAGGUGCAGGUUGUAGUAAAGAUGACGAUCAAGCUGGAACCACAGAUGGAGAAGCAAAAACAGAUGAAGAGGGUGAGAACGCUGAUGACAUUCCCAACUUCCAACUGGCAUGGGAAAUGCUUGAACUUUCAAGGGUGAUAUUCUUAAAGAUAGAUAAGGAAGCUCAACUGAAAGUUGCUCAGGUACAUCUGACGCUUGGAGAGCUUGGCAUGGAAACUGAGAAUUACGCCCAGAGCAUCGAUGACUUCUUGAAAUGCCUAGCAAUUCGGGUCAAACACUUGGAAGCCGACAGCCGCCUUUUAGCGGAAACACAUUACAACUUAGGACUUGUUUACGGCCUUGAUAAACAGUUUGACAAAUCCAUUGAGAGCUACGAAAAAUCAAAGGCUGUAAUCGAGCAGCGAAUCGUCAACUUGCGCAAAGAAGAAAAAGAAACUGCUCAAGGAAACGAAAAAGAGAACACAGACAGUCCCUUGCCUUCAACCAGAAAAGAAAUAUCAGAACUUGAAGAGCUUGUUCCAGACAUAAUUGCAAAGAUUGAUGAUGCUAAAGAGCUAAUGAAAAAUGCUGAUGACCAAGCAAAGAAGGCUAUAGCUGCUGAAUUCGGAGUUGGUCCAGGAGCAUCUUCAUCAGGUUUUGCACAGUCAUCAACUUCAUCUGCUCCAGCCCAACAGAUUGCAGUUAAACAUGCACAGAAAACAGAGGACUCGGCUACGGAUAUCACACAUUUAGUUCGAAAAAAGAGGAAACCUGAAGGGAAUGGGGAUGCUAAUGAAACAAAGAAAAGCAGAAAUGAUGAGGCAACAAGUAACGAAAAUGGUGAUGCUACCAACGGACAUGGGAAUGGUGACGCUACAAACGGACAUGCUAAUGGGAAUGGACAAAAGGCUCAGAAAGAGAUAAAACAGAAAACAGUUGAAGAUGUUCAAGCUGCUAAGGAGUGCAGUAUGGAGACGGCCUAGCAGUACUACUAUACUCUCAAUUCUACUUGUUUAAUAUCAAUGUCAAAUCUAUGUACAGUAUAUAUCAUGAAUAGAUAGCUGUGUUGCUAUGUGCUGCAUUUUAGUCUAGCAAAUGAAUCCAAUUCCCAUGUAUUUAAAUUUACUCAAAUUUUCACCAGCUAUCCUCCUGUUUUUUUAUGUUACAAAUUUGUGGUUGUAUUGUUGAAGAGAGAAAUAAGUGUCUGUAAAUAUAGUUGCCAAGCUGACGUAUGUUUGAAUUGGACCAAGAAACUGUUAGAAUUAUUUGGUUUUUCUUAACUUAGAAUCCAGGGAGUCAAAAAAAUAGUGAGUGGAUUCCAAUAUUUUUGUUUAAUAUUUUGUAGAAAUAAAACCAGCAAACAGGAAAA